GGGGAGUCGCAGCUCCAACCACGGGUCGCCGCAGGACGAAGACGACCAUCCAACAUGAAGCUGCAGCUCGCGGUCUUGCUGGCCUCGCUGGUGCUGGAGCUGGCGGGGGCCGGCCGGGCCCCGAGGGCGGAGGACGGGGUGCCCGGGAGACGCAGGCCGUGGGGGUACCGCCCCCAGCGCCGCUCCGUCGCCCCGCAGAGGAGCUACUUCGUCUGCGACGUGCCCGACGGCGACUGGGAGGCGUGCAGGAACCAAGGCCGAUACAGCGGAGCCUGCCCCAGCCGGCCGCUGACGGGGCGGACCUGCAACACUAGCGUGCCCGGGGUCGACGGCCCGGGCGAGGCGCUGCUCUCCAACCUGAUCGCCGCUCUGCUCGAGUCGUCGAGGCAGAUCGCCGACACCACCAUCUACCCGCCCGACGUGCCGCGGCCCGAAGAGGAGUACGACUUCGUGGUGGUGGGCGCCGGGACCGCGGGCUCCGUGCUCGCCAACCGCCUCACCGAGGUGGGCAACUGGACGGUGCUGGUGCUGGAGGCCGGCGGCGACCCCACCUUCACGUCGGAGAUCCCCAGCAUGUACCACCGCACGCACCACACGGCCAUCGACUGGGGGUUCAAGACGGAGCCCCAGGAGAAGGCCUGCCUGGGCAUGAAGAACCGCCAGUGCCUGUGGCCCCGGGGCAAGGUGCUGGGAGGCACCAGCGUCAUCAACUCCUUCAUGUACGUGCGCGGGAACCGCUACGACUACGACCACUGGGAGGCGCUCGGCAACAAGGGCUGGGGCUACAAGGACCUGCUCAGGUACUUCAUCAAGUCGGAGGACAUCCGCGACGUGGAGCUGGAAGACGCGGAGGACGAGAGCCCGACGGGCCACUACAAGCGCUUCCACAAGAAGGGGGGACUGCAGACGCUGGAGAGGUCUUCCGACGUACCGCCGGUCGUCAAGGGACUCGCCGACGCCGCGAGGGAGCUGGGGUACCUGGAGAGGGACAUCAACGGGCCGCGACAGAGCGGGUUCGCCCUGCAGCACGGCACGGUGCGGGACGGCAGGCGCUGCAACACCGCCAAGUCCUUCCUCGCCCCGGCCAAGGACAGGAGGAACCUGCACGUCACCAAGAACGCCUACGUCACCAAGAUCCUGAUCGACGGCGCCACCAAGACUGCCACCGGAGUCCAGUUCAGGAAAAACGGAGAAUAUCGUCAAGUGAGAGCGAGGAAGGAAGUUAUCCUGGCGGCCGGGGCGAUCAAAUCGCCGCACAUCCUCCUGUUGUCGGGAGUGGGGCCCGCUAAGCACCUUAAGGAGUUCGGAAUCCCGGUGGUGAAGGACUUGGCGGUCGGCGAGAACCUCCAGGAUCAUCUGGAGUUCUUGGGCCCGACCAUCAUGUUCAACACGUCGAACCCGCGGGGCAUCGACCCCAAGCAGGUGCUCGACGACACGUACAACUUCUUCAUGCACGGGCGAGGGCCUUACUCCAGCCUCGACAUCCUCCAGUUCCAGGUGUUCUUGAGCAGCACGCUGGCGAACAAGGGCGAGUACCCCCCGAACGCCGAUCAGAUACCGGACCUGGACUACCCCGACAUACAGCUGCAGCACGGGCGCUACGCCUUCAACGACACAGCCGGCACGGAGAGCGAGAGAGACGUCCAAGGAUACACGAAGGACGUGUACGACGCCAUCCUGAGGCUGCCCAACUCGGAGGCCGAGAUCUACAUCCCUCUGCCGUUCCUGCAGAGGCCCAAGAGCGUGGGCUUCAUCAAGCUGAGGAGUCCGAACCCGUUCGAAGAUCCGAUCAUCGAUCCGAAAUACUUGACCCACGACGACGACAUCAAAGUGUUCUUGCAGGGAGUCAGGGCUGCCAUAAAAAUGGCGGAGACGUACGCCAUGAGGCACGGUUUCCAGGCGCGGGUGAGUAAUUUCACGAUACCGGCGUGCAGGGUCCAUGGUUUCAACUCGGACAAGUACUGGGAGUGUGCAGUGAGACACGUGGCAUCAUCCACCUACCACCCGGCUGGCACGUGCAAGAUGGGCCCCCCAACCGACAGAAAGGCCGUGGUUGAUUCCAGACUCAAGGUGUACGGCGUAAAAGGUCUCCGAGUCAUAGAUUCUGCAAUCAUGCCGCAGGUCAUAACAGGCAACACUUUUGCUCCAGCGCUGAUGAUUGGAGAGAAAGGAGCCGAUUUGAUCAAGGAAGACCAUGGCAUCCCGAUUUGAAAUUCAGUCAACUAGUCACAAGAGUCAGUAUGACAACCAUGCCAAAGAAGUGCCACAUUUUACUUGUAGUAUUGUAAAUUAUGGAAAAUAUUUAUGAUUUUAGCAAUGCUAAAAAACUGUAAAAAUGUGUGACUAGUAGUAUUAUAGUUUCUUUCAUGUGCAAUGAAAAAAUUUAAUGCAUAAUGCAACAAAUAUUUUAUCCUUAUGUGUUUUUACUAAGUCAUAGAAUUUUUUGUCUAGAUGUAUUUAAUCGCGACAGUGUCUUAGCUUAGAAACAUUAUACUUUAUUGCCUACCAUGAGGCUCAUUGUACCAAUUCGUCAUGCAUUUUAUGUAAUAAUCCUGAAACAAGAUAGUUGUUCAGAAAGUUGGUUUACAUGCUAGUGAUAUUUAUGCAGAGUUAGAAUUUAAAUCUGUUAGAGUUUAGAAAUAAUGUUAUUUAAAUUGAAUGGUAUGAAUUAUGUACUUGAAAUAAACUUAUAAAGUGUUUUAUAAAAA